ACAUUCAAAGAGUUCAUUGGCUAGAGAGGGCUGAUGUACCUACCAAUCCCCAGAUCAUUCUUGUUCCAUGUGUCCGCAUUUCAACAUGGCAGCCGUGGAUGUCAUCGUGGACAACUUUGCUGCACUUUGGAGUAAACCUUUUAACCGUGUUAUAUUGGCUCAGAUUUUUUUUGCUAUUUCAAUAGUGGGAUCCUUUGUAAAUUGGACACAGCUCGUCCCGGAGACAUAUUUCAGCAACAGAAGAAAUGUUGUCAAUAUGUAUUUUGUCAAAGUUUCCUGGGGCUGGUCCUUGCUGCUGUUGACCCCGUUCAUCCUCUUCACGUCAUACAAGAACUUGACCUUUGCCCUCCGGCGACUGAGCUCAUUGGUGGUGGCCACAGCCAUUUGGUACACCAUCACCAAGUUUUUUUCCUACAUCAACAAUGCCACAGGUACCUGUCACGUUCCUGAAUCUGAAGCCAUGGAUCAAGUCCCUCGUGAUGACAUCACCUCAUGCAGGAAUGCUGGCGGUCAAUGGGACGGCUUUGCCAUCUCAGGACACUCGUUCAUUCUGUCGUACUCUGCACUCAUCAUUGCCGAAGAAAUGGCACCUAUGGUGCACCUGGUGAAGAAGAACAGGAAUACUGUUUUGGAUUUGUUAUAUGUUUCCCUUAAUUGGAUAGUAAUCACCUGGAUAUGGAUGUUUGUGUGUACCUCGGUGUACUUUCAUUCUUUCCCUGAGAAGCUUCUCGGGACAGUUUUGGGGAUUGUGCCAUGGUUUGUCACAUAUCGGAUAUGGUAUUCAAUGCCCUUCUCUCCUGGUCUCCCAUAUCAGCCAAAAGAGCAGAGACAACUAGCUUAAAACCAGCACUACUUAGCACUAGGCUAGACCUCCUACUCUCCUAAUGUAUUGGCUCUGUAACAUGUUUGACUGCCACCUUCAAAACACUCACGUUAAAAACAUUGACAUUCUUCUCACGUUCCAAGUUGACUGUUGGUAUUUAAAGUUUUUUUUCUUUCCUUCAGAAAGGUCAUUGGACAGGGGGCCAGGGUAGGUUUGCACACGCGGGUCUCGACUCCCUGUGUGGCUGUAGGCAUCUAGUGUUCUUAAAAUGACACUAAUGUCAUCUGAGAUCAGCACAGUGCAUUGAUGCCUAGGCCUAUCCACUAGCUAGUCGUCCCAGGGUUGGGGUCAAUUUCAUUUCAAUUUAAGCAGUAAACUGACUUUUUUUUAAGAUAAAGGUGUGCACCCCAACAUAAAUGAAUUCACCACAACUCUGGGGGUCGUGCUAUUUUUUUGGAAUACUUCAUCUUUUAAAAGCCAAUGUUGUUGUGAAAGCCUUUGCAGUAUGUGUAUGUAUGGUUGGAGAGUGUCAUUUUAGUGUUAGUUCAUUUUCAGUUUGUUUCAAUUCACAUUAUUUUAUUUGUGUGGAAAUGUAUAUUGGAGAGAAAUAUAUAAAGUAAUCAAUUUUAGUGGCAAGUGUAGUGGGGAACACUUGAGAAUGUUUACAAUGAAAUAGUUUAAGGUAUUUAAAAAAAGUGUGCUUUGCCAACUCAUUUUUUUGUAACACAACCCUCCAAAUAGAAAUGAGAUCGG